CUCAAUCCCCAGUACGUCUCUCAAUCGCCAUAUUGGGUACUGAUGGUUUGUCCGCAGUUUCGCUCACUACUGGACCAAAUUGACUGAGCGGCUUCAGUUCCUCUGCACUUUGUUUUCAUGACCGCUGGAGCGUGCUUUUGGCAGAACACCGCCGCGUCCAUUACCGACUGCACCGUGACGAGUGCGCAUGGCAUAAGUCGUUUUACGCGUGUUUUGGAUAUUGCUCGGCGUCAAGGAGAUACCCGUUGUUAUUGAGCGGCUUGUUUUUUUCCCUGUGAAACAUUUGGACGCUUCGGGCCGCUUGCAUCUCUUCACGUUUCUGGAGGAGGUAAAAUGUCAGAUGUGCGUCUUUCAAAUGGGAGCCCCACGUUGGAGAGGACGGACUCCCGUGUGCCGGAUCACCCCAAACCGUCUGCCUGCAGGAACCUCUUUGGCUCCGUGGAUCACGAAGAGUUAAAGAGGGAUUUAAAGGGACAUUUGCGGGAGAUGGAAGCGGAUGCCUCUGACAAGUGGGGCUUCGACUUCGCAAAUAACACGCCGCUUUCAAACAGUCGGCUAACCUGGGAGCGGGUGGAUUGUAGAACGGUCCCGGAUUUCUACAGCAGGCAGCCGCAUAGGGAGAAGGGCGUUUGCUCCGCUGGGAAUAACCAUGUGGAUUUGAAUGGGAAUCAUAGCUGUGUUGUUGUGAGCCCGAGCGAAGACAGGUCUGACGGGCAGAUGGAGUGCCCGGAGCAAUGUGCAGGAAUGAGAAAGAGACACGCAUGCAACGAACAUUCGGCCCAAAGCAAGAGGUCGUACAGCAGCACCGAGGAGAUGAGCUGUCCCGGUCUGAGCCGCUCAACAGAGCACACACCCAGAAAGAAGAGUCCCAAAAGGCAAACGUAAAAGUGAGCCUGUGAGGCUUGGGAAAAGUCAGUGUUGGCCGAUGGAGGAGGAACUACAGCACCAGAAACAUAUCAUCUCUCCUGACGACGGGAGGACGCUGUUCAAGCACUGAAUAGAAACACUAAAGUUGUGGCACUCAAUUAAAAGUUGCUGCCUCUAAAAGCAGUCAAUGUAGCAGUGUGCAAUUAGGUUUGAUUUCCUUUUUUGCUCAUUUUUACUACCUGUGUGUACAUAAAUAUAUUAUAUAUAAUAUUAUAUUUCUCUCCAUAUGUAGCACAUAAAACAUUAUGAUUUGAAAACAAAUCUCUUUAUGUUAAAAAGUGUGAAUUUUGAUUUAACUUGAAGAAUUGCAGUGUAGUUUGAGAAAUGUUUCCCAAAUGCUGUUCUGUUUUUUUUGUUUUGUUUUUUUUUCUUCAAAAAGGCAUUGCUACAGUUUCCAAUCAUGGUUUCUUAUGGUUUAAGUGUGCCUCGUCAUCCUCCUGCACCCGCAGUGAAGAACGGUACAAAUGUAGCUCUUUUUUUCUUCCUUUAGUCAUUUCAGUGUCACAAAGUGCAAGUUCUCCCAUAAAAUGGCUUUAUCGGAUGUUUUUCAUUUAGUGUUAGAUCUAUUUGAUCUUCAUUAUAUAAAACCUUAUUUAUUUUCUGUGGUGCUUUGGCAUCAGUCUAAACCUGGAAUCGUCUCUUUAGUUCCCUCUGUAGAGUAGAGGUACUCAGAUAUUGAAGGACAAAGACCAUAACUGCACAGGGUGUUAGCGUUUGACUGUUUCUUUAGCCUAAGGCUCUGGUGAGGACGAGGCUGUCUGAAACAAGCCGAAUGUCCUACAAUACCAAAUACAUGGUUGCUUCUGUAUAUGACUUCACAUUGUAUUACAUUGUGAUAACUAACCUAGAGUUAAUUUCCAUAAUUUUAUUUUGAACUCACGUGGUUUUCCUGCUGAGGAUGCAAAUCGAAGUAUCCAAAAGCGUCCCUUUUAUUUGCCUAAAGUGUGGGUUAUGUCCAGUGUAAACAAAGAGCGAACGCUUGUGUCAGAAGUGCAGUCAUCAUGCCUGUGUAUUUGUGUAAAUCUUUGCAAUGUACCUUUGUACAUAAUUUUGUAAAAACACUGAGAAAUUAUACUAACUUAUUUAUGUCAAACUUUUUUAUGUAGAUUAAAAUGGGGUUUUGAUUACAGUUAUCCAAAGUGGCAUUUACUUUAUUAUAAUUGUCUUAUUUUGUAAAACCAUAUUUUUGGUAGAUUUUGUUUUUCAGAUAAAUAUGGUUGCAAACUGAGCCUGAUAAAAAAUAUUUGAUGUGCAUUUUGUAAUGUGUGGUUAAAAUGUGUUGCAAUCAAUUAAAAAAGAAAUAUAAGUUGA